AUGGCUAGUAUCGAUCGCUAUCGGCCUUCGAGAGAGGCCUACCAGCCUCCCACGCUCCCCCCGGGUCCUCCUCGACCAGACCGGCAAUCCAGAUCUCCCGGGCGUCGUCUUGAUGUGCCACCUGCAGUUCCAUCUCCCCCGACACAUUCAUCGCGGACCUCGCCGCCGCGCCCUCAUUCUCAGCGAGACACGCGCUCGCCUCAGCGGUCAAGGGCGCAAACACCAGGACCUCCGCCCAAUCAGUGGUACUUCACCCCCGACGAGACCUUGAGCACACCGAGUAUUCUAGAUGGCAUUUCACCGGCAGAGGAGCGCCUGCGACGCGCAAAGGGUGUCAACUUCAUAUAUCAGGCCGGAGUUCUUCUCGACCUGCCCCAAAUCACCCUUUGGGUUGCAGGUGUCUUCUUCCACCGGUUCUAUAUGCGAUACAGUAUGGUUGAAGAGAAGAACGGCAUCCACCACUACGCACAAUCCGCACUUCCCAGGUCCAAACGGGGGACCGAAAAAGCUCAAGCUGAACCAAUGCUGACGGAAUCGGUUGAACAGAACAUUGCAGCCACUGCGCUCUUUCUCGCGAAUAAGACAGAAGAAAACUGUCGAAAGACGAAGGAAAUUAUCAUCACAGUGGCAAAGGUCGCCCAAAAGAAUCCCAAGCUCAUGAUAGAUGAGAUGAGCAAGGAGUAUUGGCGGUGGAGAGACAGCAUUCUCAUGUACGAGGAGUUGAUGCUGGAAUACCUCACAUUCGACCUCAUGGUGGAGAACCCUUACCAGCGUCUCUUCGAGCUUCUCGGUCAACUCGAUAUUGUUCACAACAAACAUCUGAGGCAGUCAGCUUGGGCGUUCUGCAGCGACGCCUGCCUUACCUCCAUCCCUCUACUGCUCGAAGCACGCGACGUUGCCAUCAGUGCCAUCUUCUUUGCCAGUAUACACACACAGCAGAAGAUCGAAGAUGUCAACGGCGAACCGUGGUGGAGGGCACUGAAAGGAAACGAAGAAAAGUGUGCCAAGGCCAUCGACAUUGUCCGACAGUUCUACACUGAGAACCCGCUCCGUAAACAGAACCCGUCACUGCCAUCACCAGCUUUUGACCUGGCCAAUACUAGACAGCCAAGGGAUCCGAUGAGCCAGGACGCUCUCUCGUCUACAGCAGGCACCCCUUUUGAGCUGGAUAGAGGAACGCAGAGCCCAAGAGCUAGGGCUAAUGGCCGCGAUGACGUCACUAAUACUGAGUCUGGCUCGCAGGCCACGCUUAAGGAGCCAGAGAGAGCGAAUGGCAAUAGCCUGGCGUCUCCAGGAAAGAGAAAGGAAGUUGACUCGGAUUCUGAGGGCAGAGAACAGAAGCGGGCACGACUGUCCGAUGAAGAUGAAGGGGAGGUUUUGGACUAG